CUGCAAGUACACAUGAUCGCCAGUGUCCGGGAGCCGCCUGGAGAGCGAGGACGUGAGGGACCCGAGAUGGCCCGAGCCGCGCUGUCGCCGCCACCGCUGCUGCUGCUGCUGCUGUUGUUGCUCGCCUCCUGUGUGCCCCGAACCCUGGCAGCUCCAGACGAAGAUGAGAUCGAGUGCCUGCCGGGGCUGGCCAAGCAGCCGGCUUUCCGCCAGUACUCUGGCUACCUGCGAGCCUCUGAGUCUAAGCAUUUCCACUACUGGUUUGUGGAGUCCCAGAAGGACCCCAAGAGCAGCCCAGUGGUGCUUUGGCUGAACGGGGGUCCCGGCUGCAGUUCCCUGGAUGGACUCCUCACAGAGCACGGCCCCUUUCUGAUCCAGCCGGAUGGUGUCACCCUGAAAUACAACCCCUAUUCUUGGAACUUGAUUGCAAACGUGCUGUACAUUGAGUCCCCAGCCGGGGUGGGCUUCUCCUACUCAGAUGACAAGCUUUAUGCAACCAAUGACACUGAGGUUGCCCAGAACAACUACGAGGCCCUCAAAGAUUUCUUCCGCCUCUUUCCUGAGUACAAGGACAACAAACUUUUCCUGACGGGGGAGAGCUAUGCUGGCAUAUACAUCCCCACCCUGGCAGUGCUGGUCAUGGAGGACUCCAGCAUGAACCUGCAGGGGCUGGCCGUGGGCAAUGGACUCUCCUCCUAUGAGCAGAAUGACAACUCGUUGGUCUAUUUCGCCUACUACCAUGGCCUUCUGGGGAACAGGCUCUGGUCUUCCCUCCAGACCCACUGCUGUUCUCAAAAUAAGUGUAACUUCUACGACAACAAAGACCCAGAAUGUGUGACCAGUCUUCAGGAAGUGUCCCGCAUCGUGGGCAACUCGGGCCUCAACAUCUAUAACCUCUACGCCCCCUGUGCCGGCGGGGUGCCCGGUCACGUCAGGUAUGAGAAGGACAGCCUUGUGAUCCAGGAUCUAGGCAACCUCUUCACUCGCCUACCACUCAAGCGGACGUGGCAUCAGCUGCUGCUGCGAACUGGGGACAAAGUGCACAUGGAUCCUCCCUGCACCAAUACCACUGCUGCCUCCACCUACCUCAACAACCCUUAUGUGCGCAAGGCGCUCCACAUCCCGGAGCAGGUGCCCACCUGGGACAUGUGCAACUUGUUGGUGAACAUACAGUACCGCCGCCUCUACCAGAGCAUGAAAGACCAAUACCUGAAGCUGCUCAACUCACAGAAGUAUCAGAUCCUGUUGUACAAUGGAGAUGUGGACAUGGCCUGCAAUUUCCUGGGGGAUGAGUGGUUUGUGGAUUCCCUGAACCAGAAGAUGGAGGUACAGCGCCGGCCAUGGCUGGUGGACUACGGGGAGAGUGGGGAGCAGAUCGCCGGCUUCGUGAAGGAGUUCUCCCACAUUGCCUUUCUCACCAUCAAGGGCGCUGGACACAUGGUUCCCACCGACAAGCCCCAGGCUGCCUUCACCAUGUUCUCCCGUUUCCUGAACAGACAGCCCUACUGAGGCCACUGGAACAACCCUCACCCUCCCCACACGCCAUACCUCACCCACCACUGCCCGGCCACAACCCCCAUAGCCUCGCCCCGCUAAGAAUGCCAGUAGGGAGGGUCUCCUUUAUGCAAAAUGCCCCUGUGGGGCAUGUCCCAGCCUUCUGGAAUGAUCAGCGUGCACACAUACACACACACACACACACACACACACACACACACACAC